UAUUAGCGCUUCAUCUGCGCUUCUCCUCCAUCAUCAGCCUGCAGGAAUCAGAGAGAGAGAGAGAGAGAGAGAGAGAGAGAGAGAGAAAGAGAGAGAGAGAGGAGGAAGAAGAGGAGAGGAAAGGGGGAGAGGAUUCUUUCCUGGGUUUUUGGAGGGAAAAAAAACUGGGAAGGUGAAUACAGCGCGCGCUACAACACACGGAAUGAUGGAAUAAAACGUCCGCGUGCACACCGAACACCGGGAGGAAGCUGACGGAGCUCAGUGAGGACGAUGUGGAUGGUGCAGUAACGUCAGCAUGAAGCUCUUCAGUGUUCUGCGUCAGGCAUCUCUCGUGCACCGCUAGGCCCCUCCACACACACACACACACAGACACAGACACACACACACACACACACACACACAUACACACAGUAUAUCCAGCCCCUCCCCUUUUCCCACAGUCACCCUUUACAUUUUUGAUCCCCUUGAGACAGUAGGUACCUUCUUCCUUCCCCCCGUCACCCCCGGCCAUGUCUCUACCCUGUGACGGUGGACGCCGGCGUCCAUUUUCCCGUCCACAUCAUAAAUGGGACGCGUGCUUGGUAUGGUUGUUAGGACUGGCGCUGCGGUUGGCGCUCUCUUCGUGCCAGCGCUCGGAUUACAGCGCCUCCAAACACCCCAUCAUUUCCACCAGUUUUGGGAAGAUCCGCGGCAUCCGGAAGGAGCUGAACAACGAGAUCCUCGGCCCCGUGGAACAGUUUCUCGGCGUUCCGUAUGCCACUCCACCCGUCGGUGACCGGCGCUUCCAGCCCCCUGAAGCGCCUGGAGCUUGGCAUGAUAUACGGAACGCCACACGGUUCCCACCGGCGUGUCCGCAGAACGUCCACGGAGCGCUGCCUGAAAUCAUGAUGCCUGUGUGGUUCACAGAGAACCUGGAUGCUGCCGCUGCGUACCUGCAGGAUCAGAGUGAGGACUGUCUCUACCUCAACAUCUAUGUCCCUACAGAGGACGGUCCGCUCACUAAAAAACCUGACGAGUCUGCGACGAACAGGCCGAGGGACGAAGACAUUAGAGAUCGGCGGAAGAAGCCGGUCAUGUUGUUCAUCCACGGAGGUUCGUAUAUGGAGGGAGCGGGUAGCAUGUUCGAUGCAAGUGUCCUCGCCGCCUACGGCAACGUCAUCGUCGUAACCAUGAACUACAGACUCGGGGUUCUGGGUUUCCUGAGCACUGGCGAUCAGGCGGCUAAAGGAAACUACGGCCUGCUGGAUCAAAUCCAGGCGCUUCGCUGGCUCAAUGAAAACAUCAACCAUUUUGGAGGCGACCACGAAAGGAUCACCAUCUUCGGCUCGGGCGCCGGAGCAUCCUGCGUCAACCUGCUCAUCCUGUCCCAUCACUCUGAAGGUCUGUUCCAAAGAGCUAUAGCCCAGAGCGGCUCUGCCAUCUCCAGCUGGUCUGUGAACUACCGCCCGUUCAUGUACACCAAGAUCCUGGCCAAGAAGGUGGGCUGCAGCUCCGGGGACACGGCCAACAUGGUCAGCUGUCUGAGGAGGAAGAGCUUCCGAGAGCUGGUGGAUCAGGACAUUCAGCCUGCACGCUAUCACAUCGCCUUUGGGCCCGUGGUAGACGGAGACGUGGUUCCUGAUGACCCCGAGAUCCUCAUGCAGCAGGGAGAGUUCCUGAACUAUGACAUCUUGUUGGGAGUCAAUCAAGGAGAAGGGCUGAAGUUUGUGGAUGAUAGCGAAGGAGAGGACGGAAUUUCAGCUGCUACAUUUGACUACACCAUAUCCAACUUUGUAGACAACCUUUACGGUUACCCAAGCGAUAUCCUUCGCGAGACCAUAAAGUUCAUGUACACUGAUUGGGCCGAUCGCGAUAACGGCGACAUGAGGAGGAAGACGUUGCUUGCGCUCUUCACAGAUCACCAGUGGGUGGCACCAGCAGUGGCCACAGCCAAGCUGCACGCUGAGUUCCAGUCUCCAGUUUACUUCUACACUUUCCACCAUCACUGCCAGAUGGAGGGCAGACCGGAGUGGGCCGACGCCGCACAUGGAGAUGAGAUUCCCUAUGUCUUUGGAGUGCCCAUGGUGGGCGCCACAGACCUCUUUCCCUGCAACUUCUCCAAAAAUGACGUGAUGCUUAGCGCCGUCGUCAUGACCUACUGGACCAACUUUGCUAAAACUGGUGACCCAAACAUCCCAGUUCCCCAGGAUACCAAGUUUAUACACACAAAGCCAAACCGCUUCGAGGAGGUCGUGUGGACUAAAUUCAGCUCUAAGGACAAGCAGUACCUUCACAUUGGCCUGAAGCCACGUGUAAGAGACAACUACCGUGCCAACAAGGUGGCCUUCUGGCUUGAGCUGGUGCCACAUUUGCACACUCUACAUGAGGAGAUGAUCGGCUCUUCUGGUGCAACCCGUUUACCACCAUCUGGUGACAUCCCCCACAGACCCGGACGGAAAAAUCCAGUGCUGAAUCCGAAUCAUCCUGGUACACGCCAACCCUCGGUUUCCUCCACAUACCCACCGGAUACAGAAAUGGAUCCGGAAGGUUCGGAGCGCCCGCGCCUGUCUCCUUUCCCCGAGGCAGCACGCGACUACUCAACAGAGCUGAGUGUAACAGUGGCAGUGGGUGCAUCUCUGCUAUUCCUGAACGUCCUGGCGUUUGCGGCACUCUACUACAAACGUGACAAACGCCACGAAAUGAUGCUGCUGCAACAGAGACGACGCCAUCGGCGUCUCUCGCCCCAGCGUGGCACUGCUGGGGCCCCGAUUCCGGCGACAGCCAUCGCUGUGGGCAACGACUUGGAAGAGGAGCUCAUGUCAUUAAGGAUGAAGCAGCAGAGGGCUGAGUUAGACCUGGAGCCUCUUCGAUGCCCGCCGGAUUACACACUGGCACUGAGGAGGGCACCUGAUGAUGUGCCACUCAUGAUGCCCAGCACCAUUAGUGCCAUGCACGCCUUCAAUACAUACCCCCCUGCUCCUGGCCACACCCCAAAUCCAGGCCCUGCCCCUGGGUCCAGCUCUAGCUCUGUGCAUACCAACAAUGCUUUGCCCCAUCAGCACUCAACCACUCGUGUAUAGUACAGUACCUCGCCAAGCUUUUAACACACCUAAGGACUAGCUGCACCAGGAACGGUGCUCUGCAGAGGUAAUACGUUUUGUCCAGUUUGGGAACGUAAAGGUCCAGUCCUGGAGUCCUGGAGUUCUUUAGUCCGGCACAGUUUGGUGAUAUUCACAUUCAACGGUAAAUCAAACCAUACUGGACUCCAGAACUUCAGGAGGAGAACUGGGAAACUGUAGCCUAGUGGUAGAAAGUCACAGUUACUGAACAUAAGGUCCUUCUCAGAGAUCUUGACCGGUCCAGUUGCUUUGACUUCCUCCUGCUAGACGAUUUAAUGACUCGGAGGACUGAAAACCUUUAUAGUCAUCUACAACACAUUCUCUUGUCUCUUUUAACUGCUGCAGUCUUCGUUUUCUCUCUUUACGCAAAGGAACAGAGGAGGAGCCACUCAGUUGGCCAUCUUGCCCUCAACCUCUUAUCUACAAUCUCCUGCUUUGUGUUAUUUUUACCCACGCUUGCUGUGUUGCGUUUUUCUCUCCAUUCCCUUUUUUUUUUUCGGUCAUGUCCUUCACCUAAUGCAGAACUCUGCUUUUUGAACUAAACACUUUUAUAAAUCGAGAGAACCUCUAUGUGAUACAGACGAUCACGAAUGUUGUGAAGACAUGAAUGAGAAAAAGAAAAAGAUUUGAAUAUUUAGUUUUUACCAGCAUUUCUGUGCCAAGUACUGUGAUAUCCAUCUGAUCAGACUCUGAGUCGAGAGGACAGACUUGGAUCCGGAGAGCAUCUGAGGACCGGAAUUUAGAAGUCACUGAAAAAGUGCCAAAAUCUUGUUUGCUUUUAUUUUCUUCUUCUCUCGUUUUCUCUCUCUCUCUCUCUCUCUCUCUCUCUCUCUCUCUCUCUCUCUCUCUCUUUCUUUUGCUUUUGCACUGUUGCUGGUCUGGGACGAGAUUUGAUUCUAUAAGCAGAAUAUCUAUAUUAAAGUCUAAAUAUAGAAUAAUGAAAAUUUAUAUCUUGUUUGCUCUCGGGGAAAAUUUGCAUGAUUUAUUUUUAAAGAAAACAGACACGCGCACGAGAUUCCUCUUGUUUUAUUAUCAGCAUCCUAUUCUUUCAUGCUCUGUCUCUCUGUCUCUUUUUUUUAUGUGUCGGCUAUAUUGUGCACAUCAUUCGGAGAUUAUUUUCCUUCUCUUGAGACUUAAUCGGAAGCAUAUCAGGAAAAUGGGAACUGAUUACCAUCAUAAUGAGAAAAAAGGAUGUAUAGAUCCCUUUUAGUUCACUUAUCAAAAGCUGGAAAUCUCGGGACCGCUGAGCAUCAAGGAAGGACUUAUCGACGCUCCAGCAUCCCUCCAUCUCUCUCUCUCUCUUUCUCUCUCUGCCUUUGUUUAUACUGUAUAUUCCACUACAUUUACAUUGAACUCGCACAAUAAGGAAUGAGAUCCCGUUCUUUCUCUUUUUCUCUCACGUCCAGUGUUUCCUCUCAUUCCUGUUUUCCCUUCGAUUUCUCCACUCGUGUGCAGUCAGGGUGCUAAAGAGGCCGCACGGAACGACGAGGAAUCCAUCGACAAUGAUGUGGACGGAGGACAGAACAAACUAUAAAGGACUAAAACAACAAUCAUGAAGGUGUGUCCUCGUUUCAUCGCUCGUCUCAUCGUCAUCUUUCUGUUCGCGUCUCGUUUCCGGAAAACACUCAGCGGAUUAAUGGAUGGAUGGAUGGAUGGAUGGAUAUAAAAAUCUUGAGGGAAACAAACAAAAAAACAAACAAAAAAACAAACAAAACCUACAAACUGUACAUUUUUUGAAGUUGUACUAGAUGACACGGUCUUUGUAAAUAUUCUGUUUCGUUGUUUGGUUUUACAGGUGAACGGCCGAGCGGCUCUUGUGAGAACAGGUGCAAGUCGAGUUUCUUAUUUUUCCUUGAUUUACAGACCGUUUUUUCUUUCUUUCUGUCUUUCUUUCUUUCUUUCUUUCUUCAGCACGUAACGUGAACAUGCUUGUCCUGAGCCUCGGAGUUAGAACUCAAUGACACGACACUCAACACUUUAGCGUGAACGCUUUAAUGCAUCAUCAGUACUCAGUACAUCAGUGUACAGGAGGAGGAGUUAGAGCUAGAAGCCUGAAAAGCACAGCUGUCUUCUAAACGUCGUGGUGUAGGGUCACAUGACCUCUGCAAAGUCGUUACACAGGGUCACAUGACCUCCGCAAAGUCAUUACACAGGGUCACAUGACCUCUGCAAAGUCAUUACACAGGGUCACAUGACCUCCGCAAAGUCAUUACACAGGGUCACAUGACCUCCGCAAAGUCGUUACACAGGGUCACAUGACCUCCGCAAAGUCGUUACACAGGGUCACAUGACCUCCGCAAAGUUGUUACACAGGGUCACAUGACCUCCGCAAAGUUGUUACACAGGGUCACAUGACCUCCGCAAAGUCGUCACACAGGGUCACAUGACCUCCGCAGCACGUAAUUCUCUUCACCGCCGAAAAAAAAAAAACAGACGAAUGUCAUAACGUUACAUCACUGUCUCCUCUUAAGUCUUUUAUUUCUUUCUUCCUUUCUUUCUCUUCUUUCAUCACUUCUCUCCAGAUCAACACAUUAAAACAUUUUUUUCAAAAUAGAACUUUUAUCUUUCUUACUAUCUUCUCCGCCUUUGUUUUUGUGUGUGUCUGUGUGCGUGUGUGUAUCUGUGUGUGUGUGGGUGUGUGUGUGUUGAUCAAUGUAACCCGACUGUGUGAUGAUUUAUAUUAAACUCUAAAGAGCGGUGAAGUCGCUGCGUCUCGUAUCGAACCUUGAAGGUAAUGAUGAUAUUUUGAAGCGUCCACGUUUAAACUCUUGUAUUUAAAACCGAAUUGCGAUUCUUGAUCAUCGUCCGUUUGCUUUGAUCACAUGACACUGUGGCCGUGUGGUCCUGACUCGAACCUGUUACGGUUUAAGUUAAUGGAGACCCGAAGCCUCUCUCUGCCUGCUAGAUUUCAGAAAUAGAGAAUUUAAACUGUCCAUAUUUUUGUACAGAGGGGCUGAGAGGCAGCGGACAGACUCGUAAAGCACACUGUCACCAGGUCUCACGGUGAUCCUCUGGUCUGUGUGUGUGUGUGUGUGUGUGUGAGUGUGAGUGUGUGUGUGUGUGUGUGUGUGUUAUGGGGGAGGGGGGGGUGAUGGGGUAGAGAUAUAUUACAGAUAUUUACUAAGUGCACCUGCUCUAAUAUUAACGCUGGGUUGCCAAAUAUACACCUGCACCUGUUGCUUAUCAUUUUGUUCAGUCGCAGCGACUCGGGAUGAGAGUAACGUGUUUGGGGGAUAAACGGAGUUCCUAUUUCUAUUUCAUAUAAAGGCUAUUACACACUGUAUGUUGUGUAUAUGAACUGGAGAACAUUAAAAAGACGUUAUAAAACACACAAGUGUCUCUGAGUCCUUACACGUCCAUUAAUAAUCAUCUACAUGAUCUUCUCCACAGCUAGACUGCAUUUAAUACCGUGUUGUGAUGAUUGUAAUAC